UAUUUUGUAAUGCUACUUGUUAUGCUCUGCUCUCAUUCUCAACAUCCCACGAGGCCUCAUAUCUUCACCUUCAACACUUUGUCUCUGCAACUCCACUCUUCUAUUAUUUCAGCCACUAUUUCCCUCAUCAGCCUAGAUCUCCCCCUCAUUCGCACCAUACUUUUCUUCUUCUUCUUCUUCGCAGAAUUUUUAGAGACUAAUGGCUCUUGAAACUUUGCUCAUAAAAGUGAAGACUGCGAUAACACAUAGCUUUGAUUCAGUUAAGACCUCCAAAACAAACAUCAAAUUAUCAAGGAAAUCUAAAUCCAAUGUUGGAGUUUUAUCUUUCGAGAUCUCCAGUCUCAUGUCGAAGCUACUCCACCUGUGGCAGUCCCUCUCUGAUAAUAACAUAAUUCGUCUUCGAAAUGAGUCGAUCGCAAUUGAAGGAGUACGGAAAAUUGUCUCCAACGACGAGUCAUUCCUCAUCGGUCUCGCGUGUGCAGAGAUGGCUGAAAAUGUUCGGUUUUUGGGGAAAUCGAUUUCAAGAUUAAGCAAUAGAUGCGACGACAGCAGUCUCCGUUGUUUUGAGCGCUUUUUCGAUGAGUUCGCCAACACAGGGCAUGAUACGCCGGGUUGGGUUCUGAGCUGCAAGGAAAUGGAAGCCAAGAACAAGAAGAUGGACCGGUACGCGACGGUCACGGCUAAGCUCUACAAAGAAAUGGAGGAGUUGACGACGCUCGAGCACUGUUUGAAAAAAUGCCUACAAGACCCUGAGUGUUCAACGAAGGAGCAAAAGAUCAUUAACCUUCAUGAAAAGAUAUUUUGGCAGAGACAAGAGGUCAAGUACCUAAAAGAGAGAUCUCUAUGGAAUCGUAGUUUCGAUACUGUUGUAUCAAUGCUGGAGAGGUCUAUAUUUACGAUACUAGCCAGAAUCAAGCUUGUUUUCGGUGUAGGAAAUGAACACCCGCCUUCUCUUCCACGUAGUCUCUCUGCCUCUGCCACUGUGUACCCGACUGAGAAUCCUAUUAGCCAUAGCUUUGUGUCAGGGCCGUUGAAUAGCUCGGAACUUGUGGAGGAGGAGAAAGAAGAUUCUGCGCUGCAUGGAUUUUUCGAGUCCAAUUCGAAGCUUCUAAAGCCGCCUGCCCCUACUCUUGGUGCGGCAGCUUUAGCUCUUCAUUAUGCUAAUUUGAUUAUUGUAAUGGAGAAGAUGAUCAAGUCACCACAAUUGGUCGGUGUUGAUGCUAGAGAUGAUCUUUAUGCUAUGUUACCAAACAGUAUAAGAUCCAAUUUAAGGGGUAGAUUGAAGGGAGUCGGAUUCUCAGCGAGUGAUCCGGUGCUUGCAGGAGAAUGGAGGGAUGCGUUGGGGAAGAUCUUGUGGUGGUUGUCACCACUAGCACACAACAUGAUCAAAUGGCAAAGUGAACGCAGCUUUGAGCAGCAAAAUUUGGUGCCAAAAACAAGUGUUCUUUUAUUACAGACACUGUUUUUCGCCAACAAAGAGAAGACUGAGGCUGCCAUUACUGAGUUGUUGGUGGGUUUGAAUUACAUUUGGAGAUUUGAAAGAGAAAUGACAGCUAAGGCCCUGUUUGAGUCCGCCAACUUGAAUGGUUUCGUUAAUUUGCAGAACUCAGUAAGCUCAUGAGAAUUUAUUGACGAUGGUUUCCUUAGUUUUCGUUUUUCCUUUCCCCCCGAAUCUUGCUUCCGGAAUUUGGUCCUGGUUGAUUAUAGAGUGAUCAGCUUCAGAUGUUUGAGGUUUGUUUUUGCCUCCAAUGCUGAUUUUUGUAUAUGGUAAUAUAGACAUGUAUAUGAGUAAAUUUUCAAAAGAAUCUUUUUGCAAUUUACAGUCAUGAAUGUGAAGAUAUGAUCCUCUAAUA